UAGAAUCCCCAUAAUUUUUCUUGAUUGUGUUCAAAACAAUGUUUGUUAUUCCAAUUCGAUGGUGUCCCCCCACCUCUAACAUGGAACUCGAUUCCUCUUCACCAGACAUUAGUGAUACUGAAGUUGAUGCUAGUAGAAUUUCACCAACUAAAAGCGGAAUAUCUUGUCACCAGUGUCGGCGAAAAACAAGCAACAUUGGAGUCACAUGUAAGAAUCCAAGAAAUGGAAAGCCGUGUGUCUUAAAAUUUUGUCACAAAUGUCUCAAGAAUAGAUAUGGUGAAAUGGAGAAAGAUGUAGGUCUUUUGAUUGAUUGGAAAUGUCCAAAAUGCAGAGGCAUAUGCAACUGUAGUUAUUGCAUGAAGAAAAUAGGUCAAAAACCUACUGGUGCACUAUCUCGUACAGCCAAGGCAUCUGGUUUUGAAUCUGUGUCGGAAAUGCUUAUCAAGAAAGCUUCCGAAGAUUUAGAAUUGAAUAAAAUUAAUAAUAUCGAAGUUAUACCUUCAAAUGAAACUACUUCAGAGAAGGUGUAACUAAAAUUAUGUUAAGAAGCAUAUUGUCAAAGUAGCAAGAGAAACAUGUGAAGUCACUUGAUGAAAUUAACAUUAAUAAGUAUCAAAGUAUAUGCAUUGAAUGCAAGUGUUGAAGUGAUGGUUUCAAUUUAUCAAACCUCCA